AUGAUACAGAAUGUAGUUGCCUCUGGGUUUCAGCUCGACCGUGGGGAAUGGAUCGGCUGUCAAGAUGACAACGUCAUCUCCGACCUCUGGUGCUCCGCUGGGUCUCAAAAAAUGGACUUUGCACCAACUGGAAGUGAUCAGAACAUCCAAAUAGGAACGGAGAGAAAAUUGGCAGAGGCUGGAUUCUCAACGGCAACUUCUUGCCCUCCCGGCUGGAAGAAAUGGAACCGCUCCUGCUUCGCCGUGAACAUCGAGCGGAUGAGUUGGAUGGAGGCUUCGGACUUCUGCGAGAGCAAAGGAAGCCGCCUUGCUGUACCGAAUUCACAGGCUGAGAAUGACUUCAUCUGGCAGACGGCGGUGGAACAGUUUCAGGCCGAGUCUACGCGUCGGAACGGGGUCUGGAUCGGAUGCAAAAAGGAAUCUGCUAAUUCAAGCUUCAUGUGCUCGGGAGGGAGAGAGAAAAUUGGUUUCACCAACUGGGAAGCAGACAGUCCAGGUCACGAGUUCCCUCAGUGCGUCGUGUAUUUUAAGCGAGGCAACGGGAAGUGGACAUCCAAUGACUGUGACCCGAAAGGAGGCAAGUUCGCAGCCUGCGAGAUGUCGACUCCUCCUGGCAUGCAUUGCUUGACAGCCAACGCCAGCGGGCGCUUCGUCAGCGACUUGUAA